AUUGACGCACACUGCUUUGACAUGUUCUUUUUCAGGCGUACGUCUUUGCGCUUACAUCGUACACCGAUUUCUUCCGUGAAAAAUCAUGGCUGACGUAGCAGAGAACGUUGUGGAGAACAUCGAGGAGUCGGCGGCGCCCAUGGAGGCCGAGGCUGCUGAGGCUGUAGUGGACACAACCGUGGUGGCUACCACUGAACUGCCUGAGAUCAAGCUGUUCGGUCGUUGGUCCUGCGAUGAUGUGACUGUCAACGAUAUUUCGCUCCAGGAUUACAUUUCCGUCAAGGAGAAGUUCGCACGCUACCUGCCCCAUUCGGCUGGUCGCUAUGCUGCCAAGCGUUUCCGCAAGGCCCAGUGCCCCAUUGUAGAACGUCUGACCUGCUCCCUGAUGAUGAAGGGACGCAACAAUGGCAAGAAGCUCAUGGCCUGCCGCAUUGUCAAGCACUCCUUCGAGAUCAUUCACUUGCUCACCGGCGAGAACCCACUCCAGAUCUUGGUGAGCGCCAUCAUCAACUCUGGCCCACGUGAGGACUCCACGCGUAUCGGUCGUGCUGGUACAGUCCGUCGCCAGGCUGUGGAUGUCUCCCCCUUGCGUCGUGUCAACCAGGCUAUCUGGCUGCUGUGCACCGGUGCUCGUGAGGCUGCCUUCAGGAACAUCAAGACAAUUGCUGAGUGCUUGGCUGAUGAGCUCAUCAACGCCGCCAAGGGUUCCUCCAACUCGUAUGCCAUUAAGAAGAAGGACGAAUUGGAGCGUGUGGCCAAGUCCAACCGUUAAGGAGCUACUACAACUCAUACACAAUUAUACCAUUUUUUUAAUGUCCAAUUAAAGUCUAAAACGCUUUCCGUUCGAUUUAAAUGUUGUGUGUGUAAAUGAACUGAAAGAAUUGUUUUUUAAGAGUGGGCAUUAAAGUGGAGUGGUGGUGGAGCGACGAUACACAAGAAUUGUACAACAAAUAAAUUUGUGUGAAGACCAA